AGCUGCCCUCUGGGCUGUCCCUGCCUGAAAUCGAAGUUGCCAACAUGAUCUCCGCUUGCAAAGAUGCUCAUAAGAGCAAUUUUACGACGUCGUUUUAAAAGCCAAACGGUGCUGAAGCUUCAAAGCCGAGGUGGGAUGGAUAGCAGGGUCUCAGGCACAACCAAUAAUGGAGAGACUAAACCAGUGUACCCAGUCAUGGAAAAGACGGAGGAAGAUGGCACCCUGGAGCGAGGGCACUGGAACAACAAGAUGGAGUUUGUGCUCUCGGUGGCCGGGGAGAUCGUUGGCCUGGGCAACGUCUGGAGAUUUCCCUAUCUCUGCUACAAAAACGGGGGAGGUGCCUUCUUCAUCCCCUACCUCAUCUUCCUCUUUACCUGUGGCAUUCCUGUUUUCCUGUUGGAGACAGCACUGGGUCAGUAUACGAGCCAGGGAGGGGUCACAGCCUGGAGGAGGAUCUGCCCCAUCUUUGAGGGCAUCGGCUACGCCUCGCAGGUGAUCGUGGUCCUGCUCAACUUCUACUACAUCGUUGUCCUGGCCUGGGCCCUCUUCUACCUCUUCAGCAGCUUCACCACCGACCUGCCCUGGGGGAGCUGCCGCCACGAGUGGAACACAGAACACUGUGUGGAGUUCCAGAGGACCAAUGGCUCCCUGAAUGUGACCUCUGAGAAUGCCACCUCCCCUGUCAUCGAGUUCUGGGAGAGGCGAGUCCUGAAGAUCUCUGACGGCAUCCAGCACCUGGGGGCCCUGCGCUGGGAGCUGGCCCUGUGCCUCCUGCUCGCCUGGGUCAUCUGUUACUUCUGCAUCUGGAAGGGGGUCAAGUCCACAGGCAAGGUGGUGUACUUCACAGCCACGUUCCCUUACCUCAUGCUGGUGGUGCUGCUAAUCCGAGGGGUGACUCUGCCGGGGGCAGCCCAGGGGAUUCAAUUUUACCUGUACCCAAACCUCACGCGGCUAUGGGAUCCCCAGGUGUGGAUGGACGCAGGCACUCAGAUCUUCUUCUCCUUCGCCAUCUGUCUGGGGUGCCUGACAGCCCUGGGCAGCUACAACAAGUACCACAACAACUGCUACAGGGACUGCAUCGCCCUCUGCUUCCUCAACAGCGGCACCAGCUUCGUGGCCGGGUUUGCCAUCUUCUCCAUCCUGGGCUUCAUGUCUCAGGAACAGGGGGUGCCCAUUUCGGAGGUGGCCGAGUCAGGGCCGGGCCUGGCUUUCAUCGCCUACCCCCGGGCUGUGGUGAUGCUGCCCUUCUCUCCGCUCUGGGCCUGCUGCUUCUUCUUCAUGGUCGUCCUCCUGGGACUGGACAGCCAGUUUGUGUGCGUAGAGAGCCUGGUGACGGCGCUGGUAGACAUGUACCCCCGCGUGUUCCGCAAGAAGAACCGGAGGGAGACCCUCAUUCUCGCGGUGUCCGUCGUCUCCUUCCUGGUGGGGCUGGUCAUGCUCACAGAGGGCGGCAUGUACGUGUUCCAGCUCUUUGACUACUACGCAGCCAGUGGCAUGUGCCUCCUGUUCGUGGCCAUCUUUGAGUCCUUCUGCGUGGCCUGGGUGUACGGAGCUGGGCGCUUCUAUGACAACAUCGAAGACAUGAUUGGAUACAGGCCAUGGCCUCUUAUCAAAUAUUGUUGGAUUUUCUUCACGCCAGCUGUGUGCACAGCCACCUUCCUCUUCUCCCUGGUCAAGUACACGCCGCUGACCUACAACAAGAAGUACACAUACCCGUGGUGGGGCGAUUCCCUGGGCUGGCUCCUGGCUCUGUCCUCCAUGGUCUGCAUCCCCGCCUGGGGCGUCUACAAACUCAGCAUGCUCAAGGGCUCCUUCAGAGAGAGGCUGCGCCAGCUCGCGUGCCCGGCUGCGGACCUGCCCCAAAAGAACCAGGCCGGACCCGGCACGCCUGCCACACCCAGGACCUCACUUCUCAGACUCACAGAACUGGAGUCCAGCUGCUAGGAGGAUAGACGCCUGUGAGCGCAGUGCCGGGACAGCUGGAGAAGGGCCAGGGCAGAAGUAGCCCGCUGUGCUUCCUGCCCUCCCUACCUCCCCAGCUGAGCGCGACAGAGAAGACAAAGGGGGAUACUUCUCAACCUGCCUUCUGAGCUGGAGUCUCACACCCCCUCCCCGGCUCCAGGGCUGGUUUGAUCAGCUCUGAAACGGCCUCUCUUUGAGAUGGGUCUUUGGGCCCUGGGCAGGGGCUGGUGGGUGGGUGAGAACUCUGUCUACCCUUCAUUCCAUUAAAUCCACAUUCUUCUCACUGA